AUGGGGGUCUCCACCGUCACGGCCGCCCGCAUCCUGAAGGGGCAGCUGCAGAACGGGCAGGGGGAGGAGAGCCUGCUGGAGAUGGACAAGUUCCCCUACGUCGCCUUGGCCAAGACCUACAACACCAACGCGCAGGUGCCCGACAGCGCGGGCACGGCCACUGCCUACCUCUGCGGCGUCAAAGCCAACGAGGGGACGGUGGGCGUCAGCGCCGGCGUCACCCGUGACCGCUGCAACACCACCAAGGGCCAGGAGGUGACCUCCAUCCUCCGCUGGGCCAAGGAUGCAGGCAAGGCGGUGGGCAUUGUCACCACCACGCGGGUGACCCACGCGACGCCCAGCGCUGCCUACGCCCACUCCGCCAACCGCGACUGGUACUCGGAUGGAGAGAUGCCCCCGGACGCCCUGGAGGGUGGCUGCAGGGACAUCGCCCGUCAGCUGGUGGAGAACAUCCCCGACAUUGAGGUGAUCCUGGGGGGGGGGCGGAAAUACAUGUUCCCCAAAAACGCCAGCGACGUGGAGUACCCCCACGAGGAGAAGCAUCGGGGCACCCGCCUGGACGGCAGGAACCUCGUCCAGGAGUGGUACGAUGUCAAGCCCCCCAGCAAGGUCUCCAGGUACGUGUGGCACCGGCGGGACCUGCUGACGCUCAACCUCAGCCGUGUCGACUUCCUCCUGGGUGAGUCCCAGCACCCAAGGGUGCCCCCACCUCCACCGGGGGGCCGCAUCGACCACGGGCACCACGAGGGGAAGGCGAAGCAGGCGCUGCACGAGGCGGUGGAGCUGGACCGGGCCAUCGGGUUGUCCACCCGCCUCACCUCGGCCCAGGACACCCUCAGCGUCGUCACCGCCGACCACUCCCACGUCUUCACCUUCGGCGGCUACACCCCGCGAGGGAACCCCAUUUUCGGCCUGGCCCCGAUGCAGAGCGACGUGGAUCGAAAGCCCUUCACCUCCAUCCUCUACGGCAACGGGCCCGGCUAUAAAAUCGUGGCGGGCGAGCGAGAAAACGUCUCUGCCGUGGAUUUCG